UAGUCAAAACUCGGUCCUCUCUCACGAACCAGCCAAGAGCACGCGUGAAGGCUCUGCUCAUCUCGGAUUUUGAAACCAGAUCCUGGAGGCGAUGCACUGAUUUCCAGUCCAGCACACCCACCAUAUCUGCCCCUCCAAGCAUUUCCCGUCAAUAUGCUCUUUUUCAGCUUUUUCAAAACCCUCACCAAUCAGGUGGUGACCAUUGAGCUCAAGAAUGAUAUCCGUAUCCGCGGCGUCCUGAAAUCAGUGGACCAGUAUCUCAAUAUCAAGCUUGACGAAGUGGAUGUCCUUGAUCUGGACAAAUAUCCUCACCUUUCUUCAGUGAAGAACAUGUUCAUUCGCGGGAGUGUCGUUCGGUACGUGGUGCUGCCACGGUCGGAGGUUGAUGUCGGGCUGUUGGAGGAUGCUACAAGACGAGAGGCCGCCAACCAAGUUAGCAAGGCUCGAUAAGGAAAACCCGUGGACAAAACCCAACCGUGUCCGUUAUGCCAUCGAUCAUGUCUGUCGCAAGCCACCGACCCGGUCUAUAUCCCCUAUAGUUAUACAAAUGGUGCUGCUCUUUCUUGCCGGGAUUGUCGGUCCUCCGUACAACUCGAGGGCCAAUGGCAAGUGUCGGAUACACGGGGUGCCUUGCGGUAGAACGUCGGAUAUGAGCUUACGAGGAGGAUUAAGGAUACGAAAUAUCCUAUACUACGAAUUACUCAGACCAUGCCUGCUUCGGCGCUGGUGUCGAUAGGCGAAGUUGUUGGAGUGUGCUUCGAGGUCGUCUCGACAUAAGCCCUUAAUACCUACUCAUCUACCGG